AUCUAUUUAUAUCUCCAUGUCUCAGGCAGGUGCCCAGGGAGAGACGUCUCAGCAGAAACCAAUCCUGACGACGCCUUGAUCUCAUAGUUCCCACCUGCAAAACGGACUGACCACAGGUGCCUGCUGGUGAAGCCGCUCCCCCCGGGGGUCUUCAACACGGCCGCCCGAGCCGGCCCGCACACGGCUCUGAGACCCUCUGAGGCCCACCCUCUCCGCUCCGUUGCCCCCGUCCUGGUCCAGACCUCCACCGACUCCACCCCCGCGCGUCCACACCCUCGGCUGAAAAGAACUACGUGUGAAGCUAAUGUCUACAUCUGCUCUUUCAAAACUUUGGACUGAAUGGGUCCAGAGGUGAAACCCAAGACAUCGCGCUUUCAAAGAUAACAUCGUCCUUUAUACUGAAAGCUUAUCACUGGCCACAAUGUCUACAGUCAGACAACAGGGCAUCACUGGCCACAAUGUCUACAGUCAGACCACAGGGCAUCACUGGCCACAAUGUCUACAGUCAGACCACAGGGCAUCACUGGCCACAAUGUCUACAGUCAGAUCACAGGGCAUCACUGCCCACAAUGUCUACAGUCAGACCGCAGGGCAUCACUGCCCACAAUGUCUACAGUCAGACCACAGGGCAUCACUGGCCACAAUGUCUACAGUCAGAUCACAGGGCAUCACUGCCCACAAUGUCUACAGUCAGACCGCAGGGCAUCACUGCCCACAAUGUCUACAGUCAGACCGCAGGGCAUCACUGGCCACAAUGUCUACAGUCAGACCACAGGGCAUCACUGGCCACAAUGUCUACAGUCAGACCACAGGGCAUCACUGCCCACAAUGUCUACAGUCAGACAACAGGGCAUCACUGGCCACAAUGUCUACAGUCAGACCACAGGGCAUCACUGGCCACAAUGUCUACAGUCAGAUCACAGGGCAUCACUGCCCACAAUGUCUACAGUCAGACCGCAGGGCAUCACUGCCCACAAUGUCUACAGUCAGACCGCAGGGCAUCACUGCCCACAAUGUCUACAGUCAGACAGCAGGGCAUCACUGCCCACAAUGUCUACAGUCAGACCGCAGGGCAUCACUGCCCACAAUGUCUACAGUCAGAUCGCAGGGCAUCACUGCCCACAAUGUCUACAGUCAGACCACAGAGCAUCACUGGCCACAAUGUCUACAGUCAGACCACAGGGCAUCACUGGCCACAAUGUCUACAGUCAGAUCGCAGGGCAUCACUGCCCACAAUGUCUACAGUCAGACCGCAGGGCAUCACUGCCCACAAUGUCUACAGUCAGACCGCAGGGCAUCACUGGCCACAAUGUCUACAGUCAGACCACAGGGCAUCACUGGCCACAAUGUCUACAGUCAGACCACAGGGCAUCACUGCCCACAAUGUCUACAGUCAGAUCACAGGGCAUCACUGCCCACAAUGUCUACAGUCAGACCGCAGGGCAUCACUGCCCACAAUGUCUACAGUCAGACCGCAGGGCAUCACUGCCCACAAUGUCUACAGUCAGACAACAGGGCAUCACUGCCCACAAUGUCUACAGUCAGACCGCAGGGCAUCACUGCCCACAAUGUCUACAGUCAGAUCACAGGGCAUCACUGCCCACAAUGUCUACAGUCAGACAACAGAGCAUCACUGGCCACAAUGUCUACAGUCAGACCACAGGGCAUCACUGCCCACAAUGUCUACAGUCAGACCACAGGGCAUCACUGCCCACAAUGUCUACAGUCAGACAACAGAGCCCUGAGUGAGAUUAUGUGUAUGCUCAGUAAUUAAAAAAAAAUGA